GGCUUUUAUUCUACUUUUUUCUUCAACUGCGCGCGCGGUAAUCUAAUCCAGCGUCCUUUGUGCCAUUCUCACAUUCCAUGCUCAAUAACCAAAACAAUAUGGCGUCGGUAGCGAAUGUCGGAAGCGAAUUUUCCAUUGCUUUAGAUUUUAAUGUCACUAAACUUGGUCCUGAUUUUAUGUGGUUCAAUCCACCAGUACAAUAUCAAACAAGAAAUAAUGGAACUUCGGGUCUAAGAGUCGUUCCGAGAGCGAAAACAGAUUUUUGGCGUCGGACAUACUACAAACCUGAAAUAGUCAAAGAUAACGGACAUCUACUCCACCUGAUAGUUAAACAAGAUAUAUGCAUUAUAGAAACAUCAUUUGAUUUGACAGCUGUCAAUCAGUUUGAUCAGGCAGGUUUAAUGAUCAGACUGGGAAAUGAAAAGUGGAUGAAAACGGGACUAGAGUUUGUUGAUGGAAGAUAUAAGUUAAGUUGUGUUGUCACUAAUAAGUGGAGUGAUUGGUCAACACAAGACUGGCAUGAAAGCAAGCUAUCUUUGAAGAUUCACAAGAUUUUUGAUGAUUAUGUCAUUGAAUACAAGCCAAAGUCUGCUGGUGAUGACCAAUGGAAAUUCAUGCGCAUUACCCACAUAGAAAGCACAGGGCACCCAAUACAAAUAGGACUUUACUGUUGUGCGCCCACUACAGAAGGAAUGAAUGUUGUAUUUGAUAAAUUUAGUAUUACAUCUUCUGACGGAAAUUAUCCCCAUAAAGCAAUGUGAUAUUUUAUAAUUUUAUGUACCAUACUUUUUAAAAUAUAGAUAUUAUAAAAUGU